AUGGCCAUGGACAACACUACGCUCCACACCUUCCUCUUUCACUGCCCAGCUGCACUGCGCAGUGUAGUUUUACUCGGAUCUUGGGACAACUUUCUGCGACCCUAUCCAUUAGAACUUGACGUACGCGGGGGCCGAAAUCUCUGGAAAGGUUGCUUUACCUUUUCAGAUAUCAUUUGCGACGGCGAUCUGGACCAACAAACUCCAAAGCGGGACGGACCUCUGAAGAUGGGUGGCACCUACUGGUACUACUACAAAGUAGAUGAGGACGAAGAAUGCCACAAUCCGUCUGAGGAAUCAACGACGUUUUGUCCUCUUUUGCCCGGACAGCGCCUUAACGUCCUGGAUGUACCUCGCGAGGGGCACAGCCGUAGUGCCUCUGAUACCUCCUCCGCUUUCACCCGGAAUCCCAAAGAUAGGUACCUCACGCCAGUGCCACCUGCAAGCCUAAGGCCAUUACCAUCCCCAAGAACCAGGUCUAGUGAAGAGUCACAUGUCAUGCCCCUACCGUCGCCUUGGACUCCAAAAUCGGCGACGCAUCCCCCUGCAGAUGGUUUCCUGUCUCCACAUGUAGUGCGCCAUGCUCGAAGCGCAUCAGCAUCGCCUUAUAUGCCGUCGACACCUAUCUUCCCGGACUUUAAGCUUCUGAAGGAGAAGCUUGCAUCGAAGCGAUCUGCAUCGAGAAAUCGCAGUGCAUCCAAGACCAGGGAGCUAGACAUCAGUGCGCCGGUGCUUGUUAGUGGGGGCGAGGAGCUCAACCUCAUUCCAUUAUCAGUCUACCGACCGUCAUUUGAAUCUAUCAGGGAAGCUGAGGGUGCGGCACCGCGCUCAGUGCCAAAUAUCCGAAGGGAGUUCUCCCCGUUGACGUCGCAUCCGGUGGAUCCUGAUCAUGAUUCACUAUUCGGGCCUGCCGAGCUACCCACUGUUGAUGAGCGCCCUAUCAGGCGACGUCGCUCGCAUGUACCUUCGACUGUUAUCACAAGCGAGUUCAAGGUUGAGCAAAGCCGUGUUCGUGCUAAUUCCGCCGAUACAAGACGGACCCAACAUUACCUAUUUUCUAACGAUCCUUGGCUAUCCUCGCCGAAGCUUCAGCAAGAAUUUGAAGCCGAGGAUCGAGUGGUAGAAGACGAUACCCCUCCAGCUCCUGUACUAUCACGACCGUCGACCUUCCUCGGUGCAUCUGUUUCAGAUGAGCGACCUACAUCGAGUCAUGGCAGUGUUCACAGCACGAACCUUCGACAGUCACCAUUUGACAAAGAGCUCCCAGCACUUCCCCGUUAUCUGAUACCCGCACCACUCUACGCAUGCAACGAAGCAUCAGCCAGCGGAAUACCAGCUGAUGAACUGGAAGACGAGUUCGAGGAAGCUGACGAUGACGAACGCCUUGACCACUUCAGCGUGCAAUUCCAGGAAAAGGCUCGCAGUCACUUCUCCACAUGGAGUAACGACUCCAUCGGCUACAACUCCCCAACCUCGUCCAACGAGGACGACGAAGCCGUCUUCUCGCCAACCUUCAGCUCCCUCACCAGCAACGACAGCGACACCGAUACUCCUCAAGGCCUCUUAAUCCGCUACUCGUAUGCCUCACCCCAACGAGUACAAACCGAGGCCUCAAAACAUAUGUCCAUGACCCCCGAAAUUCAGAACAUCGACAACAACUACAAUUAUAAUGAUACUUCUUCCAACGAUGAAGAAGAAGAAGACCGUCAAUCCCCCUACCGUCUUUCAACCCCACCGCAACUAAACGAACUCCGCAUCUCAACAUUCGGCUCUGAUCUCUUCAAAGUUGAGACUACCGGGCACCAUUCUGAUGCGGUCUCGUCGCGUCGGUCGUCGCGGCGCCAAGCUGCUUGUUUUGGACUUGGCUUCCAGUACAGUCUGCCCGAGCAGGAUGUCGGGAGUAAAACUACCAUUGAAGAGCCCGUCGGAGGUAGUGAGCGUCUCGAGCCGACGGUCAGCGUGAGGAGAGAUAGGGAGAUGAGUGGUGUGCAUGCGCUUAUGGAAGAUUUCGCGUUUUUGGGUGACGCGGUUAUUUGA